ACUUCGCCUGUCAUUCAGCUGCGUCACUGUUCUCGUGUCCUCCUACUCGCAUUAAUUUGUUAAAAUUAACUAUUAGCUUAAGUAUUAUUAGAUUGGAUUGAUAACUCCUGUAAUUAACUGAGGAUUUAUAAUGUCACUUCAUCGUUCUUCUAAUGGACCUCCACCAGCGAAACCACUUGUUGCUCUGCUUGAUGGUCGGGACUGCACUAUUGAAAUGCCUUUACUGAAAGAUGUGGCCACGGUUGCUUUCUGCGAUGCUUCAUCCACCAGUGAAAUUCAUGGAAAAGUCCUUGAAGAAGCUGUUGGAGCUUUAAUGUGGCAUACCAUUUCUUUAACGCGCGAGGACCUUCAGAAAUUCAAAUCACUGAAGAUUAUUGUGAGGAUAGGCAGCGGUUAUGACAACAUUGACAUAAAAGCCGCUGGGGAGCUUGGGAUUGCUGUUUGCAAUGUUCCUGGAUUUGGUGUUGAGGAGUCAGCAGAUACGACACUUUGCCACAUUUUGACCUUAUACCGACGUACUUAUUGGUUAGCAAAUAGCCUGCAAAUGGGUAAACGGAUUAAUGGACCCGAACAUUUAAAGGAAGUUGCAAACGGGUCUGCUCGAAUUCGACGUGAUACUCUUGGGAUAGUUGGUUUAGGUCGAGUUGGAACAGCUGUUGCAUUACGAGCCCAAGCUUUUGGAUUUCAUGUAACAUUUUACGAUCCUUAUCUUCCAGAUGGGAUCGAACGAUCAUUAGGUAUCGAACGUGUUUACAGUCUUCAAGAUCUACUAUUUCAGAGUGAUUGUGUCACUUUGCAUUGCUCGCUUAAUGAACAAAAUCGCCAUAUGAUCAAUGAGCAUACAAUAAAGUUAAUGAGACCGGGUGCAUUUUUAAUCAAUACCGCUCGAGGUGGUUUAAUUGAUGAGGUAGCCCUUGCUGCUGCACUUAAAGAAGGUCGAAUCCGUGCUGCGGCAUUGGAUGUAACAGAGACAGAACCAUUUGUGUGGAGUAAUAGUGCUUUAAAAGAUGCUCCAAAUCUUAUUGUAACACCUCAUAUGGCAUUUUACAGUGAAUCAAGUAUGCGUGAAAUGCGUGAGGCAGCUGCAAAUGAAAUCCGAAGAGCUAUUUUAAAUCGUAUUCCAGACUGUCUUCGAAACUGUGUCAAUAAAGAAUUUAUGCCCAAUGGUGGUUCGUCAUUAUUUUCUCACGGUUGUUCCAACAAUAGCCUAUCAAAUAAUAUCAACAAUAAUCCCCUGGUUAAUAACAAUCAUCUAUCCCUUGGAGCAGGUAUACCUGGUGUUAAUGCUCUCAAUAGCAGUGUAGCUUCAGGAUUAGAAAACGCCGCACGUGGUUUACAUCCAGCAGCUGCAGCUGCCGCGUUUGGUCUUUCAGCAGGUCUUUUCUCUUCUGCUGCAGGUGGAGGUUGUGGUCUUGGGGUAGGUGCUAACAGUCUCCCCUUCCCUGCUAACCUAAUUGGUGGAUCAGGAAUAGGUCUAUCAAAUGCCGGUGGUGGAGGUAUUCUCACCAACAGCGGUGGUCCAACAACAAUCCCGGCCCUUCCUCCCCCUCCUGCCGUUGCCGCAGCCGCCGCAGCCCAUCUAGCUGGCCUUCCUCCUGUCUCAGCGUAUGCCAACUUCUUUCCUCCUGGAUUAGCCGCUGGUUUAGGCCUUCCUCUCCCCCCUCCACACGCUGCAUCUUUAGCCGGUGUAACUGGAUCCUUAGGAGGUACAACCACUGGGUCUUCAACGAGUGCAGCCUCAGGCAAUUGUACUAAUAAUUCUACUUCUGGCUCAGGAGGUCAGACAGUCAGUUCCCCUUCACCUGCAACCAGUGGUUGUAUCCCUGGUGUAUCCAGCAGUACUUUUGAUAGCGUACAUGCUAGGCUUGCUGCUGCCGCUAGUCUUGUUGCUUCGGGUCUAAAUCCGAGAUCUUCAUGAUACUACGCUUAUCAAAAUUAAUCAAAUGGUGUAAAGUGAACAAACUAUAUAAAUGUUUUGCUAACUUUGAACUAUAAGGGGAUUUGUUUUUUCCUAUCCACCUACCAUGCGUACGUGUAUCGCAUGUGUACUUCCUGCAUUAAUAAAAUGUUGUGUUAUGAUUUAUUUUUUUAAAUUAAAAAUUUAUAUAUAUCUA